AUGGCACCGGUGAUAGACAGCUCUGCCAUCCCGGGGACGGUGACAUUAGUUGAUGUUCAGCAUGUCUUGAACACACGUCACGCUCGAGGUGAUUCGGACAUCGUCUUGAUUCCAGCACCUUCGAACGAUCCGGAUGACCCUCUCAACUGGAGUCCAAGAAGAAAGCUUCUAUCUACUAUUUGUGUCAGCACCUAUACAUUAUUUGCUGGUAUCGCAACUUCGGUCGUUUAUUCUGUCAUUAUACCCCUCUCCGAGGCAACGGGGCUCCCUGUCAGCACCCUCAAUGAAGGCACAGGAUACUUAUUUUUGCUGGCCGGGUGGGGCUUGCUGUUCUGGCAACCCUUUGCAAUGCACUUUGGAAAGCGGUUGACAUACCUCUUGUCAAUGGUGGGGAUUCUGGCUAUGACUAUGUGGGGACCCUAUUCUGGUACCAAGGGCCAAUGGAUCGCUCGAAACAUUCUUCAAGGCUUUUUUACAGCACCAAUUGAAGCUCUACCCGAGAUCAGCGUAACCGAUGUGUACUUUACACACGAACGCGGUACAUACAUGGGCCUGUAUGCCUUCUUCUUGGCAGGCAGCAACUACUUCGCGCCCGUGAUUUGCGGUUUCAUCGCCGAAUAUCAAGGCUGGCGCUGGGUCUUCUACUGGCCUAGUAUCUUUAUCGCCUUCGCGAUGGUCUUUCUCUUCUUUUUCAUGGAAGAAACGAAUUACGUCCGCGAACAGGUUGUAGACCCCACCGUUGCCAAUGUUCGGCUCGGUUCCUCUCAUGACAGCUCAACCGUCGAAGACAAUGAAAAGGGAAUCCCAGUCUCGAAAGAGCCUUCCCCGACUUUGGAAGUUGGUGCUGUCUACGCGAAGAAAUCAUACAUCAAAAAGUUGUCUCUCUUGGGCCCGAAACAAGAGCAGAACACCAUGUUUCGACAAAUAUGGCAGAGUCUAUACUAUCUGUCAUGGCCAGUCAUUUUCUAUUCUGGUUUCUCAUAUGGAUCCUAUCUUGUUUUAUUCAAUAUUCUAAACGGAACUGCUUCAGUCAUUCUGAGUAGUCCACCUUACAACUUCAAAUCAUCUAUGGUCGGUCUGAGCUACGUCGCCUGCUGUCUUGGGGUGGCUUUGGGCUCUAUCUUUACCGGCCGCUUUAGUGACUGGCUGACUAUAAAGUUAGCCCGUCGGAACGGUGGCGUGAUGGAAGCAGAGCACCGACUGUGGCCUUUUGCUGCCAACUUAAUUCUUGUUCCAGGCUCCCUGCUCCUCUGGGGUGUCGGUGCUGCGCACGAAAUUCAUUGGUUUGGCCUGAUCGUCGCGAUGUGCAUGCUUGCCUUCACAAAUACCAGCGGUAUUACCUUGAGUGUCAAUUACAUGGUUGACAGCUACCGUGAACUGAGUGGGGUGGCCAUGACCACAGUUAUUUUGGUGCGAAAUACAAUGUCAUUCGCGAUUGGAUAUGGAAUUACUCCUUGGAUUCAGAACAUGGGCUAUCAGAAUUGCUUUAUAUCUGCUGCUUUUGCCGGACUUGCGUGUGCCUUGGUUUUCCUUGUGAUGAUUAAGUUUGGGAAAUCGUUCCGUAUUCGCAGUCAGGAGAGGUAUUGGAAGAUUGUCCAGGAUAAUUGGGAAAAGGGGAUGGCUCACUAG